UGGCGCAUUGGUGCCUCGACCGGUUAAGUUCACACAGACAGUGUCUCAAUUAAAUGGCACCCAUACUCCUGCGUAAAGAGAGGGGGUGUCAUUGACUGACUGAGCUGUUGCCAAGCACCAUAGGGUUUGAAGAUGGCAGAUUAUGGUGCAGGCAAACAACAAGGGCAGGACAAAAUAUUUGAAUGCUCUGAAUGCAAGUUGAGAUACAGCUUUCGAACGAAUCUCUGUCGCCAUAGACGAACUAUCCACAAGAAGGAGACGAAGAGAGAGAGGACCACCUGCACCUUUCCUGGAUGCUCGGUGAAGUUCUAUCAUCGAACCAAACUUUUGUCUCAUCUUCAACUGGCUCAUGGUCAAAACACAGAGAAGACAGAUCUAACUUUCCCCUCAAUAGACAAGUUUCUAUCGUGGAAAGAGCGAGAGGAAGCGGAGAACUUUCUAUGUUUCACAAAGCAGGGAGGGGGUCUCAAUUAUCAUUCUGUCAUUCAUCAGCACUACAUCUGCCAGAGAGAUGGAAAGUCCAGGAGACACAUCUCAAAAAGUUAUCCAGGCCCGAAGACGAAUAGGACACUUCGGAGGGGUGUCGUAAAAACAGACUUGGUGUGCCCAGCCAGAAUGUUAGUAAGACAGUAUAAGAAGGAUGGGAGAGUGAAUGUUUCAUAUUACAAGUCACAUUCUCACCCUAUCUCACCCGAUGAUGUGGUACAUCAUCCUCUCCCAGAUUCUGUGCGGAAGGACAUCAAGAACAAGCUCGCCUCUGGCAUGACAGCCAAUCAGAUCUACCAGCAAUUUCAGGACCAAAGCUGUGGUCGUCUGCCCUCAUCCACCAUGCAUGACAUCAGAUUAAAGCAUAUAAACAAACCCCAGAUUCGUGCCAUUCAUCAACGUCUUCAGAGGAACCCAAAGGAAGUCGUCCAAUCUCAAUCAGACCCUGCAUACAACGUUGUGGUAGAGGUACUCCACAUUGCUGAUACUUGUAAUACCAGUAAUGGUGGAGAAAGUCCUGACAUAAAUGUACAAGCUUCGGAGCAACAGAACAUCCCAUUAGAUGUAAAUACAAAGAGUGGUAACAUUAAACAAGAACUACUGCUUUCAAAACCUGUGGCAAAUCCUUUAUGUGAAGCUACUGUGCCUUUGGACUAUGGACCCAGGCUUCAUGGCAUACUAAGUGAGAUCUUGGUGUUGAUGGAGAAUGAGAAUGUUAGGAAGACUAUGUUGCCCUGUGUGAUUGAAGAUCUUGAAGGAAUGCUCUCUCUAUGUCACCAAGAAGCAAACUCCCACAAUGUGAGGCAUGGUGAGGUGAGGUGAGGUGAGGAAGUGCUUUCCUUGGAGAAACAAAGUUAGCAAUGUGAAAACGUCCUCUUAUUAAAGAGAAGGAUGAGUUCUGGGAAGAGGUGAAAAAUAAUUUGUGAGCGUUAUCAUUGUUAUUAUGCAAGUGUGGAAGAACAUCAGAUAA